GUGGCUUAGCUUCCUUCAUAUCUUCCUCCACCUAUCAUUCAUUCUUAACCAUCUAACAUUUUUUUAAUAAGCAAAAAAGAAGUCUAUUGCUGUAGUUAGUUGUAAAGGUAACAAAGGAGGGGAAAACAUGGCUACACAAGCUCUAGUGUCGUCAUCAUCUCUUACCUUCGCAGCUGAGGCUGUGAAGCAGAGUCUUGGAGCAAGAUCACUCCCAUCUUCAAUUGGGUCUUCUAGAAAAGGUUCCUUUAUUGUUAAGGCAGCUUCUCCUCCUGUUAAGAGUGGUGGAGCUGAUAGGCCCUUGUGGUUUGCAUCAAAGCAAAGUCUUUCUUAUUUGGAUGGCAGCCUUCCAGGUGACUAUGGAUUUGACCCUCUAGGACUUUCAGAUCCUGAAGGAACAGGAGGGUUCAUUGAGCCAAGAUGGCUAGCAUACGGCGAGAUAAUCAACGGCCGCUUCGCAAUGUUGGGAGCACUUGGAGCUAUAGCACCUGAAAUUCUCGGCAAAGCUGGUUUGAUCCCUGAGGAAACAGCACUUCCUUGGUUCCAAACCGGCGUGAUUCCGCCAGCAGGAACAUACAACUACUGGGCAGACAAUUACACACUGUUUGUGUUGGAAAUGGCACUCAUGGGAUUUGCAGAACACAGGAGACUCCAAGAUUGGUACAACCCCGGGUCGAUGGGAAAACAAUACUUUUUAGGACUUGAGAAAGGUCUUGGUGGUUCUGGUGAACCAGCUUACCCUGGUGGACCUUUCUUUAACCCUCUUGGUUUUGGUAAGGAUGAGAAAUCCUUGAAGGAUUUGAAGCUUAAGGAAGUUAAGAAUGGGAGGUUAGCUAUGUUGGCUAUAUUGGGUUACUUUAUUCAAGGUCUUGUGACAGGAGUUGGACCAUUCCAAAACCUCUUAGAUCAUCUUGCUGAUCCUGUCAACAACAAUGUCUUGACAAGUCUCAAGUUUCACUGAAUGUAUUAUAUGUUAAGUCAUUGCAUAUAUGUUGUGAACUAGUUGUUUUAUGAUAAUGCAGCCUUGUAAGAAAUGACAUGAAAAAUAACUAGAAAUAUUUGGCAUAUUUGUGUUAUAACU